CACUUGCCGCGGGCAGCACCAUGAGCACCGCCGCCUUCCACAUCUCCGGCCUCCUGGAGAAGAUGAGCUCCAGCGACAAAGACUUCAGGUUCAUGGCCACCAGCGAUCUGAUGUCGGAGCUGCAGAAGGACUCCAUCCAGCUGGACGAGGACAGUGAGCGCAAGGUGGUGACCAUGCUGCUGCGGCUUCUGGAGGACAAGAGCGGGGAGGUGCAGAACCUGGCCGUCAAGUGCCUGGGCCCUCUGGUGGGCAAAGUGAAGGAGUACCAGGUGGAGACCAUCGUGGACGCCCUCUGUACCAACAUGCGCUCCGACAAGGAGCAGCUCCGGGACAUUGCUGGCAUCGGCCUCAAGACGGUCCUCUCGGAGCUCCCACCGGCUGCCACAGGCUCGGGCCUGGCCGCCACUGUGUGCCGGAAGAUCACGGGUCAGCUCACCAGUGCCAUCGCCCAGCAGGAGGACGUGGCCGCGCAGCUGGAGGCCCUGGACAUCCUCUCUGACAUGCUGAGCAGGCUGGGCGCCCCGUUGGGCGCCUUCCACGCCAGCCUCCUGCACUGCCUGCUGCCGCAGCUGAGCAGCCCGCGCCUGGCCGUGCGCAAGCGCGCCGUGGGGGCGCUCGGCCACCUGUCGGCCGCCUGCAGCACUGACCUCUUCGUGGAGCUCGCCGAUCACCUGCUGGACAGGCUGCCCGGCCCGCAAGCGCCCGCCAGCCCCGCAACCAUCCGCACCCUGAUCCAGUGCCUGGGCGGGGUCGGCCGCCAGGCGGGUCACCGCCUCGGGACCCACCUGGACCGCCUGGUGCCGCUGGUGUUGGAGUUCUGCCACCUGGAUGACGAUGAGCUCCGGGAAUCCUGCCUUCAGGCCCUUGAGGCCUUCUUGAGGAAAUGCCCCAAAGAGAUGGGCUCCCACGUUCCCAGCGUGACCAGCCUCUGCCUGCAGUACCUGAAGCAUGACCCCAACUACAACUACGAUAGCGACGGGGACGAGGAGCAGAUGGAGACGGAGGAGAGUGAACUCAGCGAGCAAGAGAGCGACGACGAGUACAGCGACGACGAGGACAUGAGCUGGAAGGUGCGGCGGGCGGCGGCCAAGUGCCUGGCGGCGCUGGUGGCCGCGCGGCCCGACCUGCUGGCCGACUUCCACGGCUCGCUGGCGCCCGCGCUCAUCCGCCGCUUCUCGGAGCGCGAGGACAACGUCCGGGCCGACGUGCUGGGCGCCUACAUCGCGCUGCUGCGCCAGUCGCGGCCCCGCAAGGGCUGGCUGGAGCCCGGCGAGGACGAGCCCGCGCGCGCCGGAGGCCACGUCCACCUGCUGCGAGGACAGGUGCCCCUCGUGAUGAAAGCCCUGCGGCGGCAACUCAAGGACCGGAGCGUCCGAGCCCGCCAGGGCUGCUUCAGCCUCCUGUCCGAGCUGGCCAGCGUCCUCCCCGGCAGCCUGGCUGAGCACAUGCCGGCGCUGGUAGCAGGCAUCGUCUUCUCGCUUGGGGACCGCUCCAGCUCCUCCACCAUCCGCAUCGACGCCCUGGCCUUUCUGCAGGGGUUGCUGGCCACGGAGCCAGCCGAGGCCUUCCACCCGCACCUGCCCAGGCUGCUGUCCCCGCUGAUGGCCUGCGUGGCGGACCCCUUCUACAAGAUCGCGGCAGAGGCCCUGCUGGUGCUGCAGGAGCUGGUGCGCCGCCUGUGGCCGCUGGCCACACCGCGGAAGCUGGACCCGGAGCCGUACAUCGGAGAGAUGUCCGCGGCCACCCUGGCACGGCUCCGCGCCACCGACCUGGACCAAGAGGUGAAGGAGCGGGCCAUCUCCUGCAUGGGCCACCUCAUCGCCCACCUGGGGGAUCGGCUCGGGCCUGACCUGAAGCCGUCGCUGUUACUCCUGCUGGAGCGUCUGCGAAACGAGAUCACACGGCUGCCCGCCGUGAAGGCGCUUGCGCUAGUGGCUGCGUCCCCACUGCGGGUUGACCUGCAGCCCAUCCUGGCCGAGGCGCUGCCCAUCCUGGCCUCGUUCCUACGCAAGAACCAGCGGGCGCUGCGGCUGGCCACGCUGGCUGCCCUGGACGCGCUGGUUCGGAGCCAGGGACUCAGCCUCCCGCUGCCCGCUGUCCAGGCGGUGCUGGCUGAGUUGCCCGCCCUGGUCCAUGAAAGUGACAUGCAUGUGGCCCAGCUGGCGGUGGACUUCCUCACCACGGUGACCCAGGCCCAGCCGGCCUCUUUGGCCAAAGUCAGCCACCUGGUGCUCUCGGAGCUGCUGCGGCUCCUGCAAUCGCCCCUGCUCCCGGCCGGAGCACUGGCGGCUGCUGAGGGCUUCCUGCAAGCUCUGGUGGGGAGCCGGCCAGCGUGCGUGGCCUAUGCGGAGCUCAUGCGUCUGCUCACUGCGCCCGUCCACGAGCCGGCUGCGGAGGGAGGGCCGGGCCCGCACAAACAGGUCUUCCACUCGCUGGCCCGCUGUGUGGCAGCAGUCACAGCCGCGUGUCCGCAGGAGGCCGCCGCCACCGCCAGGCGCCUGGUCUGUGACGCCAGGUCUCCUGACUCCAGCACAGCCGUCAAAGUGCUGGCGUUCCUCUCGCUGGCCGAAGUGGGCCAAGUGGCCGGGUCCGGUCCCCAGCAGGAGCUCAAGGAGGUGCUUCUGGAAGCCUUGGGGUCCCCCAGUGAGGACGUGAGGGCGGCCGCCUCCUAUGCGCUGGGCCGCGUGGGUGCCAGGAAUCUGCCCGACUUCCUGCCCUUCCUGCUGGGGCAGAUCGAGGCGGAGCCCCGGCGACUGUACCUGCUGCUGCAGGCGCUGCGGGAGGCGCUGGGGGCCGCCCCACCCGACCGCCUGAAGCCCUUCGCCGAGGACGUCUGGGCCCUGCUCCUGCAGCGCUGCGAGGCUGCGGAGGAGGGCGCGCGGGGCGUGGUGGCCGAGUGCCUGGGGAAGCUGGUGCUCAGCGACCCUCCGUUCCUGCUGCCCCGACUCCAGAAGCAACUGGCUGCAGGCCACCCGCACACCCGGAGCACUGUCAUCACCGCGGUCAAAUUCCUCAUCUCAGACCAGCCCCAGCCCAUCGACCCCCUCCUCAAGAGUCUCAUUGGUGAAUUCAUGGAGAGCCUGCAGGACCCGGACCUGAACGUGCGCCGAGCGGCUCUGGCUGUCCUCAACUCGGCCGUGCACAACAAGCCCGCGCUCAUCCAGGACCUGCUGGACCGCAUCCUGCCGCACCUCUACCAGGAAACCAAGAUCCGCAGGGACCUCAUCCGAGAGGUGGAGAUGGGCCCCUUCAAGCACACGGUGGACGACGGGCUGGAUGUGCGGAAGGCGGCCUUUGAAUGCAUGUACUCGCUGCUGGAGGGCUGCCUGGGCCAGCUGGACAUGUGCGAGUUCCUGAACCACGUGGAGGACGGCCUGAAGGACCACUACGACAUCCGGAUGCUGACCUUCAUCAUGCUCGCGCGACUGGCAACCCUGUGUCCUGUGCCCGUCCUGCAGCGGGUGGACCGGCUCAUCGAACCACUCAGGGCCACCUGCACUGCCAAGGUAAAGGCGGGCUCUGUGCGGCAGGAGUUUGAGAAGCAGGACGAGCUGAAGCGUUCAGCGAUGCGGGCCGUGGCCGCCCUGCUCACCAUCCCCGAAGUGGGGAAAAGCCCCACCAUGGCCGACUUUUCCUCCCAAAUCCGCGCCAACCCCGAACUGGCCGCACUCUUCGAGAGCAUCCAGAAGGAUUCUGCCUCAGCACCCAACACAGACGCCAUGGAGCUCAGCUAGCUCUCCCCUCGCCUGGGUGAACCCCAACAUGAGCCAGGGGCCCCCAAGCCUGAGGCCCACUGGCCCUUACAAGUGGCUUCUUCUAGGACCCCAGUCCCAAGCUCCUUGGAGGCUGCCAGCAGUUGGGUCCUGUAACUCAGGCCAAUUAAAGUAAGAGGUGGUUUUCUAGA